UUGCUCUUCUUUCUUCUCCCCCGACCCUCUGCACCCUACGAGCCCACCCCGUCACCGCCACCCAUUUCCAACCGGAAAUCCGGCAAAGCUUGGGGAUUUUCUCCUUCUUCUCUUGUUCUUGAACCCAGAAAUCCCCCCCCCCUGCUGGAAAUCCCGGAUCUGCCUUGCUCUUCCUCCUCUGUCCGUCGACUGCUUUUGCUUGUGGGUGUGAGUCUCGGUUUUUCUUGAAAUUCUCCCUGCACUGCCGUCGGCUUCCCCUCCAACUCCCGCCGGUUGCCAAGCUCGCCAGACCCGGUUUGCUAGCCAGAAAUUUGGGUUUUGAUCGUUCUGUCACUGUAGCACUUGGGUUAGCCUUCUGUUCUGUGCGAGUGAGGUAAGUAAAUUAUGGUAAAGUCUUUUGAUUUUAAAGCAUGUUUUAAACUGUUUUUGAGAUGGUGGCAAGGUUUAAAUUGAUUCUAAAUUGAUUUUAUCCGCAUCUGAAUGUGAUGAAACUGAAAUGGAAUUUGUGAUGGUUUUUAUGAGAAUUUCACUGUUUUUCUGGAAUUGAGCAUGAUUGGAAUGAAAAUGGGAAUUGCAUUGUUUUAUGGAAUUGAGCAUGAUUGGAAUGAAAUUGUUUUCUUUGCAUUAAGUAGAGCAUGCCUAUUUGGAAUUGACUGAACUGUUUUGAUGAACUGAGAGUUUACAAAUUCUGAGUUUUCUGUUAAAUCCAUGGUCACAUGAAAAUUUUUCGGUUUAUGUCUGAGAUUUGAGAUUGAUUGUGAAUUAUGGAUUUUUGGAAAUCCUGCAUGGUUUUGUCUCGGAUAUAGUCAUGAUUACUGACGCCCGCUAGUGGGAGCUGUAAACGCUAGCACAUGUCGACAUGUAUUUCUGUGGAACCGGUUCACCCUGCCAAUGGGGUUAAACACUGGCACUACCUGACGCCUGCCAGUGGGAGUGUGUUAAACACUGGCACUACCUGACGCCUGCCAGUGGGAGUGUGUUAAACA